AUGAAGCUGGCCCUGCCGUCCUUCAUCAUGUGGCUGCUCUUCUUCUGGGGCUUCUUCCACUGCGGGCUCAACGUCAUUGCCGAGCUCACGCGCUUCGCCGACCGCGAGUUCUACCGAGAGUGGUGGAACUCGACCACGCUCAACCACUUCUGGCGCACCUGGAACGUCCUCGUGCACGAGUGGUGCGUGCGCCACCUGUACAUCGAGUCGCGCAGGCACAACGUCAAGCCCAGCACGGCUGCCUUCGGCACCUUCUUCAUGUCGGCCGUCCUGCACGAGUACGUCUGCAUGAUCGGCUUCCGCAUGCUCCGCCCGUACAUGUUCCUCGGCAUGAUGCUGCAGGUCCCGCUCAUGAAGUUGUCCAACAGCUGGGCCGGCACCCGCAAGGGCAACAUGCUCAUGUGGCUCAUGCUCUUCGUCGGACAGCCCGUCGUCGUGCUGAUGUAUGCCAGGGACUAUGUCGCAAAGUGGAACUCGCUCAUGUGCAAUGAGACGUGA